AUGUUGUCAAUACUUCGCAAAGCACGUCUCAAGGACAAGGAGAUGCGGAUAUUGAUGCUUGGACUUGACAACAGCGGUAAAACUUCGAUAGUGAAAAACAUCAUGGGCGAAGACAUCAAUACGGUCUCACCGACUCUCGGCUUUAUUAUCAAAACAAUUGACUAUGAUGGAUACAAGCUGAACAUCUGGGACGUCGGCGGACAAAAGACGCUUCGGACAUACUGGAAGAACUAUUUUGAGAAGACGGACACACUCAUAUGGGUGGUGGACGGCACAGACCGAGAACGGAUUGACGAUUGUCGACAAGAACUGGAGGGGCUUCUUCUGCAAGAGCGGUUGAUGGGAGCAAGUCUGCUCGUGUUCAAGAACAAGAGCGAUGUGGCAGGAUGCAUGAGCUCGGAGGAGAUACGCAAGGCCUUGCGACUCGACACAAUUCACACGCACAGGUGGAACAUUAUGGAGUGCAGUGCAUUGACUGGGUUGAACCUUCAGGAAGGCCUCAAAUGGGUAGUGCAAGAUGCCAAGGACCGGCUCUUUUUGUACUGA